AUGAAUGAGGUGCAGUGUUACAACUGUAAAGGAUUGGCCACUAUGCUCGAGACUGUCGAAGAAAGAAAGAAAGAAGCAAGAGAAAAAGAUAGUGAUAAAGUGCAGUAUGAACAUGCUGAAGAUAGUAAUUCUGAUGAUGUGCUACUCAUGGCCAACACGCAUUCGAACAUUGAGCAAACCCACAUUUGGUACCUGGAUUCAGGAUGCAGUAACCACAUGAUUGGUAAAAUGGUUCACCAAGCUAGAUUAAUCAGUUGGGAAAUUUAUAAAGUUUAUAGAGGGAAGAGACAUCACAUCAGGUGGAAUAAGAGAUAUCUUUGUUUUCAAGAAUUAUGGUUGAAAAGCCAGCUAACUGAUGUUUUGAAUGUACCUUUGAUGAUAAGUAACUUGAUAAGCAUAGGUAAAUUACUCGUAAAAGGGUACAACAUGAAGCUAGAAAAGAAUCAGAUGAAGGUGUAUCAUGGUGCUGAAAGGUUGAUUCUGAAGGCACCAUUGGAAAACAACAGGACUUUCAAAGUAGAGAUUAACACAGUUGAUCACAAGUGUCUUGCUUCGACUGGAGAAGAAGACAAGAACUGGAUAUGGCAUCACAUGUAUGGACAUCUAAACUUUCAGAAGUUUAGAUAUAUGUGGAUUUACCUUAUUGAAAGGAAGAGUGGGGUAUUCAAAAAGUUCAUAUUGCAUGUUGAGAAGCAAAGUGGAUGCAAGUUGAAGAAACUGAGAACUGAUGGUGGUGAUGAAUACACUUCUCGAGAAUUUGCUAGAUUUUGA